UAUUCCCUUUUCUUAUCCUUUUUUACCCACCCCUUGCCUUACUUCCCAGCUUGCCACUUUCUACUACGCACUUUCACACACUCACGCACUCCAAUUGCGUAAAAAGCCAAAUGCGCAGCAAACUGCACUGCCACGCCCCUUCCAAAAACGCCCACUGCUCUGCCAAAAAACAGAGAGAGAGAGUGAGAGGGAGAGAGUGAGUGGAAGGAGCAGACAGAGAGAGCGGGAUGCUGUGCGUAUGCGUGUUUUUGACACUUCCUUGUGCAUUUUAGGGAUACACACAAUGUGCGUGUGCUGUGAAAUCAAGUGAAAGGCCAAAACCAUCACCUAACUGAAUUAAAAUAUUGAAAAACUUUAAGAAUUGAGCGAAAAAAGCGAGUUAAACAAGAUAGGCACGAAGCUGAACGGAAGCCAACGCUAGAGGGCGCCGCAGCAGGCGUGUGUGUGUGUGAAGGAAUUUCCUGAAAGGACAAUAGGAAGAGAGGAGUCGCGGAGGAGAGAGAGAGCGAGCACAAACAAAAGGGGAAGUCCCGUGUGCGAGCAAGAUGGACAGCUCGCCGGAUCUGUCGCUCAAAUUGCGACGCGGUUCCAGCGAUUCGCGUGAUAACUUCUACAUGGAUUUUGCCCAGGGCAUCGACUCCGACAUCGAGGAGGUGGACAACACGGCCAACAAUCAGGAGGCCGGCGAGGUUCCUCCGCCGCCGCUGCCCACAAUUUCGCUGGCCGAGGAGGUACUGCUCCUGGUGGCGCCACCGCCGCCGCCGCCCUCUUUACUGGGUCAGCCGCUGCCCACGCUAACGGAAACGGAUGAUAUACCGCCCACACCCACACCGCCACCACAGCAAAAAGACGAUGACGGGGACGAUGAGGAGGAGCGGGAGGAGCCCGAUCCGGAGCAGGAUCAGGGAGGCCGAGCAGUGCCAUCGCCACCGGGUUCACCCAUUAAUUCGGUCCUUGAACUGGAGCUGAUACCACCACCACCAUUAUCGCCCAUGGAGGAUGCCGGCCUUCGCACCGAUGACGAUGGCGAAGGCGAGGAAACCGAUGAUGCCGAGGAGGUGGCGGCCAUUCCGCCGCCACACGAAAUACUGGACAUAGAAAGCAAUCCCGAUGAGGAGGAGGUGGAGGAGGAGCAGGAGCAGGCUUCCCAGGAGGACACUCCCAAGGAAGAAGACGAAGAGGAGGACGACGACAAGUCCACGCCACCGCCACCACUGCCACCGCUUCCCUCAAAUUUCUCCUACGUGCAGGGCCACAAUCUCGGCCAGGUGACCCCGCCCCUGACCAAGUCGCCAUCCACCUCCCCCUCACCGCCCGUGACACCGCCACCCUGCCCGGAACUCAACAUCAGUCGGAUGGUAUCGCCGCCUGCCCAGCACAUCAGUCAGAUACCACCGCUCACGCCCUCCGACGAGAGCGAGGGCGAGGCGGAGUCCCAGCCGAACUCACCGCCACCCAGACUGGAGGCGGAGCAGCCACCACCCGACAUGGAUCAACAGGAGCGCGAGGAUCCUGAGCUACCUGAGCCGGAAAACGAACCCGAACCAGAACCGGAACCCGAACCCGUGAGCGGAGCUCGGGAGGACUAUAGCCGUUCGCUGGACAACGAGGAUGAGUCCACCACCAUAACCACACCGCCCAGCAACGGUUAUUCAGCCUCCUCCAUCAUUGCUCCGCCUCCCGAGCAUUUUGCGGAACUAGACGAGGACAGGGGCUUCAUUCCACCACCACCCUUGGAGCAGGAGCCCGAGGAGGAGGAGGAGGAAGAGGAGGAAGAGCUGACCAAGGGAACGGACGAGAUUUCCGUGGACAGGGAAUCGCUGCAGGAUCAGGGCGGCGACAGCAUCAGUUCGCCGCGGCCCGCCAGCAUCUUGACUGGAUCCAUUUCCACAUCGGUUGGCGGCGGCGGAGCAGGUGGCUCACCGAAGCUCGAGAGUCGCGGACCAAGUCGCAGUGGCAGCCAGCGAUCGCAGCUGAGAUCUGGAUCGCAGCAGGGAUCGAUUGCAGGAUCCCGCGGUGGCUCUCGCAUCGGAUCGCGCACAGGAUCCGUGGCCUCCGCCCAGGCGGCAGGCGCUCUCUCCCCGCAGGCCUCGCUCAAGUCGCAGACAUCCAUUCGCUCGCAGGGACAGGCAUGCGUCCGCAGUCCAGCCGGGUCCAUCAAGUCCGGAUCGCAGCGCGUGCAGAGUCCACAGGCCGGAGAGGGUGCCCCGGCGAUGCCGUCGCCGCCGCUGAUGAGGAGUCCGCCGCCAGAACUGGCCCGCCAGAUGCACAGUCCGCCAAGGAUAACGACGCCGCCAAGGGUCUGCAGUCCGCCGCUGGUCAGCAGCCCACCCAAGCUGGCCGAGUCCGCCGCCGCUGCCGUGGGAGUCGCUGCCGCCGUCAAGGAGCAGAUCGGCUCUAGUAGCUCCACCGCCGAACCGCUGGAGCCAUCGAAGCCAGAGCCGCUGAAGCCACCAAUAGCCACCGUGAGCUACCAGGAUGAACAGAAGCCACCACCACCAGCUGCUGCUGUUGCUGCUGCUGCUGCUCCAGCGGCAACCACGGCGGUCACCAGCCAGCCGAGGUCGCACUUCACGAGCAGCCACCAUCACUACCACUUGCCGCACCAGUUCCAGCAUCCGCACCACCAGAACCACCACACCCACAGUGUCAGGGUGCCCACGCCGACGGUGCCCAGCAGCUAUGCCCCACCGCCGCCGCCGCCCGACAGCGGGAGCAGCAGUUCGCCCGCGGACCGCCGGCGACUUUUCAUGGCAGGAGUGGCUCCGCCGAUCGCCGCCGGCGCUGGCUCCAUGAUGGCCAUGCCAGCCGAGCCAGUGGUGGCCAUAUCGCCGGGUAGGGUCUCAGCUCGGUCGGGUUCGCAGCACCACGUGACCAUCGACGAGUCCAGUCUGCCCAGCCACAAGGGCAACAUCCAGGAGACGCCGGGACCCAGUGGCCUGAUCAUUGGCGGCGGCGAUGGCGACGGCGAUCGGGACAUUGGAGGCGGCGGGGGCGGGGGCGGUGGACCAGACAGCUCGGAUCCGCCCUCCUCGCCCGGCGGCAGCAGCUCCCAGCCGGCGCUCAGCGGCAGCCAGGCGGACGGACAGCUGGCGCUGAUGUACCACUCGCACCAGCUGACCAACUACCCAGUGCUGCCCGCCAUCAAGCGCACGCACCGGCCAUCCUUCGUCUAUCCGCCGAUGCCAAGGGUUAAAGCCGGCGAUGCACUGGCCACUCUGUUCUCCGCACUCUACGGAAAACUAUUGGUCGUCAUGGGCAUAGCAUUUCCCAUGGCCGAGGUUAUUUCCACCUACAUCCCACCCUCUUUCUAUGAGGUGUACUAUUUGUACUUGUACAUUGGCAGCAUGAUAUUCCUGCUCUUCAUGUACGCCACUUUGAUAUGGGGACGUCCCAAGUUGCCAGUUCCGAUUGCAACAUCGCCAAAUAAAUCGGCAACGAAGGCGAGCGGUACGGACAGCAUGGACGAGUCGGAUACGGACAGCAACUCAUUGCACCACCGACUUCCGCCGCCGAUUCCCGUGCGACGGCCAUCGCUUCUCUCGCCGCUUGGACGCCGGGAUGCCCACUACGGCAGCUUCUAUCUGCGCAUGGGCGCCGUGGCCUUUGGAAUUGGCAGCAUGAUCUACUCGGGCCUGGAGUUUGGGCAGUACUUCGAGCUCAACCCGGACACCAAGUGCCACAACGUGCUGCUGGCCCUGACUCCGGCCACCCGGAUGGCCUUCAUCUUCAUUCAGAUGUACUUCAUCUUCCUGAACAACGAGCAGAUCAAGGUGUAUCGCUACAAGAUCAUUGCACGCUUCGGUUUAAUGCACAUGAUUGGCACGAACCUGGCCGUUUGGCUGAAUGUCCUGAUCCAGGAGACGAAGCACGAGAUAUUGACGUUCUACAAUCCGGAGAAUCGCACGCUGAGGAUUUCGCACCGAAUACCAGGACACUCCAGAGGUCAUGCCAUAAUCCAGCACGAUCCGACGGCCCAUCUGCGAGUGCCGCGCGGCUUGAAGGGACCGUACCAGAUCUUUGAGUGCCGGCGAACGAACAUCAUCGGUACAUUGGUGCAGGACGCCUCGCCCUUUCUGUUUCCCUGCACCAUCGAGUACUCGCUGAUCUGCGCGGCCAUAUUGUACGUGAUGUGGAGGAGCAUCUCCAGGCCGCAAACACCGACGCCCCAGCGUCCGGAUAUGAUCAGCUCGCCGAUGAAGCGAUCACCGCACCACUAUUCCGUGGACUGUGCCCGUGCCCACAAGGGAUUGUUUGUGGGCAUACUCAUCCUGGUGCUAACCAUCAUAUCGCUGAUCAUCUUCUUUGUGCUGAUCUCACGGCCGGAGUUCGUGGCCAUGGCCGUAACGGAGGUGACCAUUUGCGAGCUGCUCAUCUAUGGCACGGCCACGAUAGCCACUUUGGUGGGCAUGAUACAGAUCCGUCAUCUGCAGUACGAUGCCUACAGGAGUUUCUCGCUGGAUGACAUCCUGCUGGUGGGUGCGCAGACCGGCUCGUUUCUGUACAACAUCUUCACGGUCAUCGCCGGGCAUUUCACCCUGCGCAGUGAUGACAUGUUGGUGCCCAUCAACGCCCUGGCCUCCAUUGUGCAAACGGCCUGCCAGACCAUGUUCAUUUUGGAUGCCAGCCGUCGGCAGGCCGUCAGUCCGGAGCACUUGCGCAAGAAGCCAGGCCGCGAGAUUGUCACCUUCAUGCUGGUCGUCAAUCUGGCCAUGUGGGCCAUCAGCACGCUGGAGAAGUCACGCGCGGAAUCGCAUCCCAUACAACUGAACUUCUACGGCUUGUGGGCAUGGACCAUUAUCACGCAUGUGUCGAUGCCGCUGGCCAUAUUCUAUCGAUUCCAUUCGACCGUCUGCCUGUGCGAGAUCUGGAAGAGGGCCUACAAGCUAAAGCCCACGUACAUGUGAGAAUUCGCCCGCUCGCGCAUCCAGAGCAUUGCGCAGCAGCAGCAAUUCUGCGAGGAUCUCAAGACGAACCUGUCCUACUGCUACUGCUCCACUACGCUGGCUGGCGGCGAGCUGGAGACCGUCGAGGAGGUGGAUAGCGGCGAGUGUAAUUCGGCAGAGGAUGCCGCGGCCGGAUCGGGAGGAUCGGGUGGAUCGGGUGGAUCGGGCGGAUCCCGAGGAGGUGCUGGAGGUGCCGCCGAAGCGGGAGAGGCCGGUGGAGAGGGGCAACAGGGCGGCGACAGCAGCUGUGGACUGAAGGUACCCAACCGGGCACUGUCGCCGCAAUCCCUCAAUACGGAGAAGGCCUUCUGUCCGGUAUACGUGAUCAACGGCGAAUGAGUUUACGCGCACUUUGAGUUCAUCGACGCGAUCAGCGGGCAUGAGCUCAGCUUUGUCUAGGACUUGCAUCUGCUGGACACGAAAUCAAACCAAACCAAACCAAACGAAACCAAACCACACCACACCACACCACACCACUUCACACCACCAUUACCAAUCCACCCACCAACGAACAACCAAAAACCAUACAACUAGGCACCCAUCUUCGAGAACCACCAAGAGCAACAACAUUUGACCAAGCGGAUGCAAGCGUUGAGAGCCAAAAACAUAUCCUAAAAGGAAAGAGGAGAAGAGGAAAACAUUAGGAGGACAUGGGAGUACGCAGGGUCUCAAGCAAUGGAAAAUCAAAAAGUUAGGCACAAGCUAUGAUAAAAACAAUGGGUUAAUCUUAGGAUAUGCAGCAAGGAUAAAUCAAUGUUGAAAUCACAAGCAAUGCCACUAGGGCGUAUACGCAAUAAAUUCCCAAGCAAUUGUCA